AUGUGUGACUUGCUUCCAACGCAAGAUAUCGCAGAGUGCCAGGUGCCUGAGGAAGAAUCUGUCGUUAAAGAAAAACCAUGGGCGCGUUUGCUUCCUCUUAAGGGGUCUAUCCCCGCCUUGGGUAAUUCUUUGUUGGCAAACUUUAUUCUCCAGAUUUGGUGAAGGAUUCCUACACAUUUGGAAGAGAAGAUAGUUGUGACUUCAAAUUUUCCCAUAACAUGUUCGACAAGUCUGCACCAUUCUCAGCCUUCAGCAAGUUGCAUUUUCGAAUCACAAGGGUAAUAAUCUUACCUUUUGUUCAUUUCCCAAGGAAUCGACCUCACAAGGAUUGCUUGUUUUCAUUCAUGAUUUGAGUAGCAAUGGCACUUUUCUGAACGAAGUAAAAAUUGGUAUGGCUGAUUUAUUUCACCACUGUUGUAGGUAAAGGCAGAAAGCAACCACUAAACAACAACGAUGAAAUUGCUUUGGCGAUAAAAUCUCUUAAAUGUAACCUCACCUUAUUUGUCAUAGUCUUUUAGGCUUUAUAUUCUCCGACUUAACUUCAGUCCAGACUGAAUUUCCACCAGAGGUUAUUUCGAGGUAUACCGUGUGCAGAAGAUUAGGCCGGUAGGUGCACCCUUCGAAAAAAUGAGGUGACUUGUAGUGGUGCCUGUGGCGAAGUCCGGCUUGUUUUUGGUAGGGAGUCAUGUCAGAAAUAUGCUAUGAAAAUUGUACAAAAGAAGACAUUUUCCUUUCUCGCCAAGACUAAUGAUGUAAGCAUUUUCUACCGUUAAUAUCCUAGAACCUCGUCAACCGUGUUCAGUCCGAAGUGGCCAUUUUGAUGCGGCUGAAUCACGUAAGUUACCUUAAUGCCGUAUUUUCUGUACGUUUCAAAUAUAAAAACAGCUUGGUAGGGCAAAUUCUUCCCAGCGGAUUUGAGGUUUAAAAUCGCAGUAUGCGGAUGCAAUUGCAUAGGUUAACCUAGGUUAACCGAUGUGGCAAUUCCAAAAUAGCGUUUUAAUUGCGUUUAGUGCUAUUGGUGCCACGAUUUGCGUAGUACGAGCACUUAUAUGUGACUCCCCACGUGGUCGAGUGCACAAAUCCCUUCGAAACUUCUCCAAUCACCUGUGUGCUACGAGACGUUUUGUGUAAGAAAAAAGUAUGUGUGCCUAAACAUCCUAUAAACGUUUCUUUAGGCUUCUAUUAUUUUCUGACUAAAUUGUUCCUAGAAAGGCUGUUCUCACGCACAUUUAAUGGUUAACGGUUACUUCCCCUUUAAUUCCAGCCCUGCAUUGUGCGCAUUUUUGAUGUCAUCGACACGGACGACGCCUUGUACAUGAUACUCGAGCUGUAAGUUUUCCACCGUUUUCUAUCUUCCACCACUAUUAGUGUCGAGCAUGGUGAGCUCUUUGAUCGCGUCGUGAGUCUUGGGCAACUUAGCGAAGAAGAUUCGAAGUUCCUUUUUCUGCAGAUAGUUUUAGCCACCAAGGUAACAUCCGGAUUCUCAUGAACCAAGGUUUUAGUACCUUCAUGACAAUGGAAUUACUCACCGGGACUUGAAGGUAUUUUUGAUGCCAAAAUUUCGUCAAUAUCUGUGUUAUAUUUUUCUCUCAGUCUUUGCCCAUACUUAAAUUCCCAUCAUUGUUCGAAUUGCCUGUUCGGGAUGUUUUCGUCCAUCAUUCGGUCACCGCCUUUUCGGCAUUAUUUCUGCUACUAUACCGCAAUAUGAAGUUUUUGUAAUUAUUUUAUUUCAUUAUCCUGCAGUU